CCAAGUGACAUCUGGAGUUAUGGGACCUACGUCGAUGCUACCCUUUGUCAUGGAUGGGAUUGGGGUAGGAAUGGCCGUCCCGACUUCAGGAGCAGUAACGUGAUCCGACCACUAAAAAAAGAUCUAUUAGAUCACGAGGCCAAGAAAUCUGUCCAUCCUCUCUAG